CAGCUGUGAAAAUCUGCUGAGAUCCUUGGCCAUUUUAUGCCCCAGCAAUAAGGUGUGUAAGCGGGUGCUCCCAUUACACCAGUGGUCAAGAUGGUGGCCCUGUCGCUGAAGAUAUGCGUCCGGCAGUGCAACGUGGUCAAGACUAUGCAGUUUGAGCCCUCCACGCCUGUCUAUGACGCCUGCCGGAUAAUCCGAGAAAGGGUCCCAGAAGCUCAGACUGGACAAGCCUCCGACUACGGACUGUUCCUCUCAGACGAUGACCCGAGGAAAGGAAUCUGGUUGGAAUCGGGCCGAACACUGGACUACUACAUGCUGCGGAAUGGGGAUGUGCUGGAGUACAAGAAGAAACAGAGGCCGCAGAAGAUCAAGAUGCUGGACGGCGCGGUCAAAACUAUCAUGGUGGACGACUCCAAGACCGUGGGAGAGCUGCUGGUCACUAUAUGCAGUAGAAUAGGCAUCACCAACUAUGAGGAGUACUCCCUGAUCCAGGAGCAGGUGGAGGAGAAGAAGGAGGACGGCAUGGGCACGCUGAAGAAGGACCGCACGCUGCUGCGCGACGAGAGGAAGAUGGAGAAGCUCAAAGCCAAGCUGCACACAGACGACGACUUGAACUGGCUGGACCACAGCCGAACGUUCCGUGAGCAGGGCGUGGAGGAGAGCGAGACCCUGCUGCUGCGGAGGAAGUUCUUCUACUCGGACCAAAACGUGGACUCCAGAGACCCGGUCCAGCUCAAUCUGCUCUACGUGCAGGCGCGGGACGACAUCCUGAACGGCUCGCACCCCGUGUCCUUCGAGAAGGCCUGCGAGUUCGCCGGGAUCCAGGCACAGAUCCAGUUUGGGCCACACGUGGAGCACAAACACAAGCCGGGAUUCCUCGACCUGAAGGAGUUUCUGCCCAAGGAGUACAUCAAGCAGAGGGGCUCGGAGAAGAGGAUCUUUCAGGACCACAAGAGCUGCGGCGAGAUGACCGAGAUCGAGGCCAAAGUGAAGUACGUGAAACUGGCCCGGUCUCUACGGACAUACGGAGUCUCGUUCUUUCUGGUGAAGGAGAAAAUGAAGAGCAAGAAUAAGCUGGUCCCGCGAUUGCUGGGUAUUACCAAAGAGUCAGUCAUGCGGGUGGACGAGAAGACCAAAGACGUGGUCCAGGAGUGGCCCCUCACCACGGUCAAGAGAUGGGCGGCCUCCCCCAAGAGCUUCACCUUGGACUUUGGGGAGUAUCAGGAGAGUUACUACUCCGUCCAAACUACAGAAGGCGAGCAGAUCUCCCAGCUGAUUGCCGGAUACAUCGACAUCAUCCUCAAAAAAAAGCAGAGUAAAGAUCGCUUCGGCUUGGACGGCGAUGAGGAGUCCACCAUGUUGGAAGAAUCGGUCUCCCCAAAGAAGUCCACCAUCCUGCAGCAGCAGUUUAACCGGGUGGGGCGGGUGGAGCACGGCUCGGUGGCCCUGCCCGGCAUCAUGCGCUCGGGCUCCGUCGGAGGGCCCGACACCUUCAACAUGGGCACCAUGCCCUCCGCCCAGCAGCAGAUCACCACAGGCCAGAUGCACCGUGGGCACAUGCCCCCGCUGAGCCUGGCCCAGCAGGCCCUCAUGGGCACCAUCAACAGCAGCAUGCAGGCGGUGCAGCAGGCCCAGGAAGACCUGGGGGAGGUGGACGACCUCCCACCUCUGGGGCAGGACAUGGCAUCCCGCGUUUGGGUCCAGAACAAAGUGGACGAGUCCAAGCAUGAGAUCCACUCUCAAGUCGACGCCAUCACCGCCGGAACCGCAUCUGUUGUCAAUCUCACGGCAGGUGACCCCACGGACACGGACUACACAGCCGUGGGCUGCGCCAUCACCACCAUAUCCUCCAACCUGACGGAGAUGUCCAAGGGGGUCAAGCUCCUGGCCGCCCUGAUGGACGACGAGGUGGGCAGCGGGCAGAACCUGAUGGGAGCUGCCAGGACUCUUGCUGGCGCCGUGUCGGACCUGCUCAAGGCCGUGGAGCCGGCCUCCGGAGAGCCCAGGCAGACGGUGUUGACGGCCGCGGGCAGCAUUGGCCAGGCCAGCGGAGACCUGCUGCGGCAGAUGGGAGAGGGGGAGACGGACGACAGAUUCCAGGAAGUGCUGAUGAACCUGGCCAAAGCGGUGGCCAACGCAGCUGCCAUGCUGGUGCUCAAGGCCAAGAAUGUGGCGCAGGUGGCCGAGGACCCCGUCCUGCAGAACCGAGUGAUCGCCGCGGCAACGCAGUGUGCCCUGUCCACCUCUCAGCUGGUCGCCUGCACCAAGGUGGUCAGUCCCACCAUCAGUUCUCCGGUGUGCCAGGAGCAGCUGGUGGAGGCGGGCCGGCUGGUGGAGCGCUCGGUGGAGGGCUGCGUCAAGGCCUGCCACUCCGCCACCGACGAGGGCGACCUCCUCAAACAGGUGAGUGCGGCCGCGGGUACGGUGAGCCAGGCCCUCAGCGACCUCCUGCAGCACGUACGCCACUAUGCCAGCUGUGGCGAGCCCAUCGGACGCUACGACCAGGCCACCGACACCAUCAUGACCGUCACCGAGAGCAUCUUCACCUCCAUGGGCGACGCAGGUGAAAUGGUGCGUCAGGCUCGCGUCCUGGCCCAAGCCACGUCGGACCUGGUGAACGCCAUGCGCUCGGACGCCGAGGCCGAGAUCGACGUGGACAACUCCAAGAAGCUGCUGGCGGCCGCCAAGCUCCUCGCCGACGCCACGGCCCGGAUGGUGGAGGCGGCCAAGGGUGCUGCAGCAAACCCGGAGAACGAGGACCAACAGCAGAGGUUGCGAGAGGCGGCCGAGGGCCUGAGAGUGGCUACCAACGCCGCCGCCCAGAACGCCAUCAAGAAGAAGCUGGUCAACCGACUGGAGAACGCAGCGAAGCAGGCCGCAGCUGCCGCCACUCAGACCAUCGCCGCCUCCCAGAAUGCCGCAGCCUCCAACAAAAACACCGUCUCCCAUCAGCAGCUGGUGCUCAGCUGCAAGUCAGUAGCAGACCACAUCCCCCAGCUGGUUCAGGGCAUGAGGAGUAGCCAAGCUCAGCCGGAGGACUUGGGUGCCCAGCUCAGCCUCAUCAUCGCCAGCCAAAACUUCCUGCAGCCUGGCAGCAAAAUGGUGGCGUCGGCUAAGUCGGCGGUGCCCACGGUGACUGACCAGGCGGCCGCCAUGCAGCUGGGCCAGUGUGCCAAGAACCUGGCCACCUGCUUGGCCGAGCUCCGCACCGCGGCACAGAAGGCACAUGAAGCCUGCGGACCGCUGGAGAUCGACUCGGCUCUCAACACCGUCCAGACGCUGAAGAACGAGCUGCUGGACGCCAAGAAGUCCGCCAUGGAGGGACAGCUCAAGCCGCUGCCUGGAGAAUCGCUGGAGAAGUGUGCCCAGGACCUCGGCAGCACGUCCAAAGCGGUCGGGUCCUCCAUGGCACAGCUCCUGACCUGUGCUGCCCAGGGCAACGAGCACUACACAGGUGUGGCUGCCAGGGAGACGGCCCAGGCGCUGAAGACUCUGGCCCAGGCGGCGCGAGGGGUGGCAGCCUGCUCCGUGGAGCCCCAGUCCGCCGCCGCCAUGUUGGAUUCGGCCGGCCACGUCAUGGAGGGCUCGGCCAUGCUGAUCAACGAGGCCCACGAGGCCCUGAUCUCCCCGGGAGACGCCGAGUCCCAGCAGAGGCUGGCCCAGGUUGCAAAGGCGGUUUCCCAUUCUCUUAACAACUGUGUGAACUGCCUCCCUGGUCAGAAGGAUGUUGACAUGGCCCUCAGGAGCAUUGGCGAGGCCAGCAAGAAGCUGCAAGUGGACAAUCUCCCUCCGUGCUCCAAGUCCUUCCAGGAGGCCCAGAGUGACCUGAACCACACGGCCGCUGAGCUCAACCACUCGGCUGGAGAGGUGGUCCACUCCUCCCGCGGCACCAGCAGGCAGCUGUCCGAGGCUUCCGGAAAGUUCAGUGAGGACUUUGAUGAGUUCCUGGAUGCUGGCAUAGAGAUGGCCGGACAUACGCAGAGAAAAGAUGACCAGAUCCAGGUCAUUAGCAAUCUGAAGAACAUCUCCAUGGCCUCCAGCAAGCUGCUGCUCGCCGCCAAGUCCCUCUCCGUGGACCCGGGAGCGGCCAACGCCAAGAACCUGCUCGCAGCUGCAGCCAGGGCGGUGACGGAGAGCAUCAACCAGCUCAUCACCCUGUGCACGCAGCAGGCGCCGGGCCAGAAGGAGUGUGACAACGCCCUGCGGGAGCUGGAGGCGGUGAGAGGCCUGCUGGACAAUCCCAACGAACCAGUCAGCGAUCUCUCAUACUUCGACUGCAUCGAGAGCGUCAUGGAAAACUCCAAGGUCCUUGGGGAGUCCAUGGCGGGCAUCUCGCAGAACUGCAAGACGGGAGACGUGCCGGCGUUUGGCGAGAGCGUUGGGGUGGCAUCCAAAGCCCUGUGCGGGCUGACCGAGGCGGCAGGACAGGCCUCCUACCUGGUUGGAGUGUCUGACCCCAACAGCCAGUCAGGCCACCAGGGGCUAGUGGACCCCAUCCAGUUUGCCAGAGCCAACCAGGCCAUUCAGAUGGCCUGUCAGAACCUGGUCGAUCCAGCCAGUAGCCCCUCUCAGGUCCUGUCUGCGGCCACGAUCGUAGCCAAGCACACAUCAGCCCUGUGCAACGCGUGUCGCCUGGCCUCCUCGAAGACGGCCAACCCUGUGGCCCGCAGGCAGUUCGUCCAGUCGGCCAAAGAGGUGGCCAACACCACCGCUAACCUGGUCAAAACCAUUAAGGCCCUGGACGGGGAUUUCUCCAACGAGAACCGCGAGCGGUGCCGCGUGGCGACCAACCCGCUCAUCGAGGCCGUGGAGAACCUGUCCACCUUCGCCUCCAACCCAGAGUUCGCCAGCAUUCCUGCACAGAUAAGCAAUGAGGGCUCGGCCGCUCAGGAGCCAAUCCUGCGCUCCGCUCGCUCCAUGCUGGACAGCUCCACGUCGCUGCUGGAGACGGCGCGCUCGCUCAUCCUCAACCCCAAGGACCCGCCCACCUGGUCGGUGCUGGCCGGACACUCCCGCACCGUGUCCGACUCCAUCAAAGGCCUCAUCACCGCCAUCAGGGACAAGGCUCCAGGACAGAGGGAGUGUGACUACUCCAUCGACAGCAUCAACAAGUGCAUCAGGGACAUCGAGCAGGCGUCACUGGCCGCUGUGGGCCAGAGCUUGCCCAGCAGGGACGACAUCUCUCUGGAGGCGCUGCAGGAGCAGCUGACGUCGGCCGUGCAGGAGAUCGGCCACCUCAUCGACCCUGUCUCCACGGCAGCCAGAGGAGAAGCUGCCCAGCUGGGCCACAAGGUAACCCAGCUGGCCAGCUACUUUGAGCCCCUCAUUGUGGCGUCUGUGGGACUGGCGUCCAAGCUGAUGGACCACCAGCAGCAGAUGAACAUCCUGGACCAGACCAAGACCCUGUCGGAGUCCGCCCUGCAGAUGCUCUACGCCGCCAAGGAGGGAGGGGGCAACCCCAAGGCGGCCCACACUCAUGACGCCAUCGCCGAGGCGGCCCAGCUGAUGAAGGAGGCGGUGGAUGACAUCAUGGUGACCCUGAACGAGGCGGCCAGCGAGGGGGGCAUGGUGGGAGGGAUGGUGGAGUCCAUCGCCGAGGCCAUGGGCCGGUUGGAUGAAGGCACUCCUCCUGAGCCCGACGGCACGUUUGUGGACUACCAGACGACCAUGGUGAAGUACUCUAAAGGCAUCGCCAUCACCGCACAAGAGAUGAUGACCAAGUCGGUGACCUGUCCAGACGAGCUGGGUGGCCUGGCGUCUCAGGUGACGGUGGACUACAGCCAGCUCGCCCACCAGGGCCGCCUCGCUGCCGCCACUGCCGAGCCCGAGGAGGUGGGUGGUCAGAUUAAGUCGCGUGUGCAGGAGCUGGGUCACGGCUGUAUCUUCCUGGUCCAGAAGGCCGGCGCGCUGCAGAUCAGCCCCACGGACAGCUUCACCAAGCGGGAGCUGAUCGACUGCGCCCGCACCGUCACCGAGAAGGUGUCCAUGGUGCUCUCGGCCCUUCAGGCUGGUAAUAAGGGGACGCAGGCCUGCAUCACGGCCGCCAGCUCCGUGUCUGGCAUCAUCGCAGACCUCGACACCACCAUCAUGUUCGCCUCCGCCGGAACGCUCAACUCUGAAAACGAGGAAUCCUUCGCUGACCACAGGGAGAGCAUCCUGAAGACGGCCAAGGCCCUGGUGGAGGACACCAAGAUGCUGGUGGCGGGGGCGGCCUCCAGCCAAGAGAAGCUGGCCCAGGCCGCGCAGUCAUCGGCCAAGACAAUCACCCAGCUCACCGAGGUGGUCAAGCUUGGGGCCACCAGCAUGGGCUCCGACGACCCAGAGACACAGGUGGUGCUCAUAAAUGCAGUGAGAGAUGUGGCCAAGGCUCUGGCCGAGCUCAUCGGUGCCACCAAGUGUGCCGCGGGCAAGCCAGCUGAUGACCCCUCCAUGUACCAGUUGAAGAGCGCUGCCAAAGUGAUGGUGACGAAUGUGACGUCUCUGCUGAAGACGGUGAAGGCUGUCGAGGACGAAGCCACGCGAGGGACCAGAGCCCUGGAGGCCACCAUCGAGUGCAUCAAACAAGAACUGACUGUCUUCCAGUCCAAGGACAUUCCGGAGAAGUCCACCACCCCCGAGGAGUUCAUCCGCAUGACCAAGGGCAUCACCACGGCGACGGCCAAGGCCGUUGCCGCGGGCAACUCGGCCCAGCAGGAGGAUGUGAUUGCCACGGCCAACCUGAGCCGUAAAGCCAUCGCCGACAUGCUGACCACCUGCAAGCAAGCUGCAUAUCACCCAGAGGUGAGCGAGGAUGUAAGGAGCAAGGCUCUGCUCUAUGGCAUUGAGUGCACCACAGGAUACGUCGACCUCCUGGAGCACGUCCUUCUGGUCCUGCAGAAGCCCACGGCCGAGCAGAAGCAGCAGUUAGCUGUGUACUCUAAGCGAGUGGCCGGCUCUGUUACAGAACUCAUUCAGACCGCAGAGGCCAUGAAAGGAACCGAGUGGGUGGACCCCGAAGACCCCACCGUUAUCGCCGAGACCGAGCUGUUGGGCGCAGCCGCAUCCAUCGAGGCUGCCGCCAAGAAGCUGGAGCAGUUGAAGCCGAGAGCCAAACCGAAGCAAGCAGAUGAGUCUCUGGAUUUUGAGGAGCAGAUCUUGGAGGCGGCUAAAUCCAUUGCCGCGGCAACAAGCGCCCUGGUGAAAUCUGCCUCUGCCGCUCAGAGGGAGCUGGUGGCACAGGGCAAGGUGGGCUCCAUCCCAGGCAAUGCUGAUGACGGCCAGUGGUCCCAGGGUCUCAUAUCAGCCGCUCGGAUGGUCGCGGCGGCCACCAGUAACCUGUGCGAGGCAGCUAACGCGUCGGUGCAGGGCCACGCCAGCGAGGAGAAGCUCAUCUCCUCCGCCAAGCAGGUGGCCGCCUCCACCGCCCAGCUCCUGGUGGCCUGCAAGGUCAAGGCUGACCAGGACUCUGAGGCCAUGAGGAGACUACAGGCUGCUGGGAAUGCGGUGAAGCGGGCGUCUGACAACCUGGUGAAGGCAGCCCAGAAGGCAGCCUUCGACAAACCCGACGACGACAAUGUGGUGGUGAAGACCAAAUUCGUGGGUGGCAUAGCCCAGAUCAUUGCGGCGCAGGAGGAGAUGCUGCGUAAGGAGCGGGAGCUGGAGGAGGCCCGUAAGAAGCUGGCCCAGAUCCGCCAGCAGCAGUACAAGUUCCUGCCCAGCGAGCUGCGCGAGGACGAGAGCUGAGCGCCGUCUGCCCACCAGCGCCCACGCCCAUGCUCAAGCGCCAGGACCAGGCCAUCAGUCUGUCCAGUCGGGAGGAUCCCACUGUAAUCAUCAGCCUUUGAUUGGUCAAUCCAUUUGCUGAAAGAGGGGGGAGGGAAGGGGAAGCUAUCACUGGUUGGCUGGCUGCUUGCUCGUUUUUUUUUUUUUUUUGGCCAGGGGCGGAGUUUAUGACUCGUUGGAUUCUUCUCUCAACGAAGGGGGUGGGGCUACUUCCUGUAACUAGUCGUGGGGGAGGGACUAAUCGGUGAUUGAGGUCGGGGUUUGAUGCAAACUAGUCCACAUCUCUCUAGCGUACUCUCUGGAAGCCUUGAUGAGUGGCUGUGUGCUUGGUUAAGUGUGUGUGUGUGUGUGAGGGUGUUUGAGUCUUGGUCGCCUAUGUGUGUGUCGGUUACGUGUGCCUGAGUAAGAGUCUUUCAGUGAAAAAUAGAAUCAAGGACCAUCUGAAUAUAGGUAUAUACAGUGUUUGGUCUAAUGUUACGACAUCAUGCCGUUUAGGCCUCAGUUGACGUCUAUUGAUUUUAAAAAUGUAAAGGCCUCGUAUUUUAUAAGUAUACACUUACGCAAUAAAUGCUAUAAUGUAUCCUUGUGUUUUAUGAUACAACAUAUUAAUGGUCAGAGUAAACCCUGUGGAUGGAGUGAGUUCUAGUCUUGUGUGAGCCAUUGCAAUAGGAUGUCUUUCUUACUUCAGAACUGGCUUAAACCACUAAUACACUACCAUAGGAAUGCCACGCAGAAGUUCUCUCCGAACAUUCCCCCUGUUUACAGUGCAUGGUUGUAGCACUCUCUCUCUGCCACGUCCUCACUGGGUUAGCAAGCAGUAUUAAAAAACGACACAUAUCAUUAUGGCUAAUACCCAAUCAGAAGACUGCUUGUAAAGCCACAGGCUAGUAUGUCAUAGGAUGUACUGUACACGAUCAUGUUUUAGUAAAAAAAAAGAGAGUCGCUACCAACUUUUUUUUUUCUCGUUUGUUUGUUUGUUUGUUUCUGUGCGGCGAAACAUUAGGGGUCAGUUAGUUUCAGAGCAGCCACAGCAGACAGAAUGAAUAGCAGACUAUUUUACAGUGUUGUCGGUUCUGUAGAGUCGAGGUGUCAGUCAGAGUGUCUGUGCUACGUUUCCGAGCAGGCCUUUUUCCUCUGGAGCCGCCCUCGUGCGCUUCGGCUCUCUGUAACAGCAGUCAGGUGUGCUACCAACGUGGGUCCUGCUCAAAGCGUCUGAGCGGUCAGGCCAAUAUUCAUCCUGUCUUCCUUUCCCUCCCCCUACACACACGUGCACAC